AUGCAAAUCCCGGAUUUCGAUCCAAAUCCCUCUCGUGUGGUUGGAUUUGGCUACAACCAUUGUUCCGCUGAUUACAAACUGUUCAAAAUACACAGCAAUAGCAUCUAUGUAUAUUCCCUGAGAAAUUGUUCUUGGAGAAAAGUUCAAGACUUUACUUAUAAGUCCAGUGUUGGUGUUUAUUAUUCGAAUGGGAUACAGCUGAAUGGAGCCCUUCAUUGGCUUUGUUUGGCCGAAAGAGGGAAUCCAUUAGAGAUUGUUGUUUUUAGUUUGGAGGAUGAGAAAGUGUGGAAGAUUCCCAUGCCUACUUCCUUCACUGAUGCUGAUGACGCAUUCGAAGUAGGGGUGUUUGAUGGAUGCCUUUGUAUACUAACACUUGAUCAUGUAUUCUGGGUUAUGAAGGAAUAUGGAGUGAACCAGUCUUGGACUAAACUUGAACUUGGAAUCCCAUUUCUGCAUACCAUCAAGCCAUUGGCUUUGUUGAGGAAUGAUGAAGCUCUGUUGUUGAUAGACUUCACAAAGUUUGUUUUAUACAAUACAAGAGAGGGAACAUAUAGGGAUCUUGUCAUAGAUGGUGUGGAAUGUUUUGAUGUAGAGAUCUAUGUAGAUAGUCUCGUAUCAACGUAG